UGUACAGUCGGACCUCGUUUAAGUCGCGUUAAAGUUUCGUUCCUAAAUUUCUUUUAGCGAGAACUAAUUUUUGAUUUUCCGUCUGUAUGCAGAUAUAAUACUUUAAAGUCCUUUUAACGUGAACACGCUAAACGUGGAAUAUCUUUUAAGGUUAAUUCGAAUUUUAUUACCUUUUGAAAAAAGUUUUACAUUUAAUCUGAACAAAAAAUUUAUCUCUCCUUUAACAGAUUAAAAAAAAUAAUAGUGCUAUGGAUGCCAUUUUGUACAGCAAGUACCAGGGCUCUCACCAAAGAGACGCUACGGAAUUUUUUAACUCGAGUGCUGGUCUUUUGGACUGGUAUGAUUUAUCCAAAGAUACCAUUAUGGAUAUAGGAUGUGGACCAGGCAGCACGUCAUGCAAGUGGAUUUUAACCCUGUUUCCGGAAAUCACGAAGGUUAUCGCAAUCGAUAGUUCCCACACCAUGAUAAAGUUGGCAAAAGUUCUGAAUCCUAAUCCAAAAAUUGACUAUUACGUGGCAGAUAUCUUGAAUAAAUCUAGCCUUGAAAUGUGGGAAGGAAAAAUAAGCAAAAUUUUAUCAACCAACUGCUGCCAAUAUUUAAGUGACCAAAAGGGAUUCUUUCGGAAUGCCUUUGACCUACUGGAACCAGGAGGGGAAGCAGCAUUUCUUUUUGAAUUGACCUCCUCCUAUUUCGAUUGCUAUGGAGAUAUUGCAGAUUCCAGAUGGAAUGAAUAUGCUAAAAAUGCAAAUUUUCGAAUUCCGGUAUCGCAUAUUGGAAAGACGAGCUGUUCUGAAUACAAAAAUUUCUUAGAAAAACUAGGGUUUGAAGUAAUAGAAUGCAAGCAAAUGGAAAAGACAUUUGAGUUCCCUACCGACGAGGAAUGCAUUGGUUUUCUAAUGGCUUUAUCUCCCGUCAAGAGCUUCAUACCAAAGGAGUUGGAAGAAGAUUUUUCUAAAGAUUUCUUUCAUUUCUUCUUAAAGCGAAACGGAAGAAACACAUGUGGUCAACCUCUUUAUCAUUACUCUAUCAUUAAUAUUCUAGCCAAGAAGCCUUUUCGAAGAAAUGCAUCUUUUAAUUGAAUAUAAUGUACUCCCUUUCGUCUAAUAUUUUUGUACUGUGGUUUUAAGUAGUAUAAAAUUUUUUUUAAAGGUUAUUUAUAU